AUGCGUUCCACGAUACCUCUUGUGCGCGCUGGUAAUCAACUCCAACGAAACAAUAUGAUCAUGGGAGAACAGUCGGAAAACUCUAGGUCUGUGGGCGUGCUUAUAAAUCUAUUGAGCUCACAUGUAACAGAAAGUUCGACACAGAUCAAAGCACUCUCGCAAGCAGCAAAAACGUUAGUCUCGCCUGGCCAUGAGGAGCAACUACGCAGUCUGGAACCAUGUCAGACCAUAUCCAAUUUUACUGAGCUGGAUCUCAUCGUGGAAUUGGAAAAACUGAGAUUGGCGCUAGAGACUGAAAUACAAUGGCAGGAUUUUGCUACCAGUAAAUUGACAGAGUUGAUCUCCGACAGUGACGAGCUUGUACGCAAUGUAACCAAGCAUUAUACCGAAGCAGAUAAGAGACAGCAAGAAGAAGAGAAAGAGAUGAACCAAAGGACGAACUACUAUGUAAAUGCUACCAUAGGUGACAAAAUCGAUCAGUUGGAUGCCAAUAUCUCGAGCCUCAGCAAAUCUCUUGCAAUCGUAACCAAUAGUGCAUCUGAGACACUCCAAAAGUUUGAUUUAGAUGAGCAGUUACUCUUAUCGAACGCAUAUGAAAAAGAGAUGGCUAAACUUGUUGAAGUGCUCAACGGAACAUUCAAUAAUGAAGUUCAUAAAAGCAUAUGA